AAGUGCAACUAAAGGACAAUAAAAAUAGCUGUGUUCCUUUGUAUUACCACCCAUAGUCAAGAUUUUAUUUUAAAAUAAAUUGGGUCACUUCAUGCUCCUAUAUUGGACGCAGUUUUUGGGCUUUCUCCUUCAUUUGAACAAAUGCCUUUCAUUGGCAAGAACAUGCCCAUUGUUGUCAUCAGCAUAUAGCAAAGUAUUGAUACACCCUUCACACAGUCUACACACCUCACACACAUUUCUGAUUGAUCGUAGAAAAGACAGGGCCAUCGCUCAAUACUUGUAUUACCAGGAUCAUGAAAAAACAUUACGCCACAGAAAUCUUUCAUUGGUUGAAAUGCCUGAUUACUCCUACAUAGAUGGUAGACCAACAGAACUUGGUGACAUGCAAAAAUUAAGACAAGAAAAAAACUAUGCAUUGACGAAACAUAUUGUUCAGCUUUUAGAAGAAAUGAAAAUGGCUCAAAAUGAACUUAUAGCCAACACAAGACAAGAAGAAGAGACUCAGCAGAAAAGAUUAGCGUCAGCUCUAAAUGCCAAAGGCACAGACUUAUGAUCUUUAUGUAGAAUUUUUCCUUUUAAAAUAAAAAAAAUUGGUGAUUAUA